UGACCGUUUCAUUUCUUUCUCUCGCCUCUGACUCAAACACGCUUUCUCCCUUUUCCAUCUUAUUCUGUUCCUUCGCUCGGGCUGAGGCAAUCGCUCUCUGCUAUAACAGACUUGCUCAGUCAUCUCCUCCAUAACACACAAGCAGACCUCCUCUGUACAUCCAUCUAUACUGAAGGAAAAAGAAAGAAGAAGAAAACCAUGAUGCAGUGGGUACAUGUACUGCUGUCACUCGUGUCGUCUCUGCUCUUGCUAACAGGGUCGACCACCAAUGCGUUUUCCACUCCUGCUGUUACUACUACUACUACUAAAAGUACAGAUCGUUUGACCUUUCCCAAUUUGGAUGCCUCCUUGUUCCGUCAUCCUUUGGAUCGAAACUUGACCGGGCUCGUCACAAAAUUGCCAGGAAUUCAAAUUGCCGAACAAGGCAUUCGCCGCACAUUUCCAUUGGUCGAACAAACCGUCCGGUUGGAUCUCCUCUCGUCGGCCGUCAAGGUAUCGCCUCAACAAUUGCCACACAUUUACGACCUACUCGUCGAAGCUUGCGAAAUUCUCGAUCUUACGGACACUCACAAUAAUUGCAGUAUUCCCGAACUCUACGUGCAAUCCAAUACGCAAGCCAAUGCCUACACAUUGGCGUGGCAAGGCAGCAGCACACCCAUCCUAGUCGUCACGUCGGCAUUGUUGGAUCGCUGUACUCCCGCCGAAUUGCAGGCGGUCAUUGGUCAUGAAUUGGGACAUGUCAAGUGCGAGCAUUCUCUGUAUUUGACAUUGGGAGGACUCGCAUCGGCACCGCUCCGCACUCUCCCGUUUGCCGGCCAAAAAAUCGACCAGGCACUGACACAAUGGCGAUUGGCGGCCGAAUACACGUGCGAUCGGGCCGCAUUGAUGGUGGCACAAGAUGUGCACGUCGUUCAAAGUGCCCUCCUGAAACUCGUGUCGGGGACAUCCAAUGUGAAUGUUCAAGAAUUUGUUCAGCAAUGUCAAGAAUACAAUACGCUCCUUAAAAGUGCCAAUCCGUUGGUCCGGGCGUCCAUUCGACGACAAGUACGGACGCAUCCCUUGCCCGUACGACGUGUCGCCAAAUUGCAAGAAUGGGCCCAGUCGGACGAGUACAACCAGUUGUUGCGUGAGAAUGGAGUGGCGAUUGUCAAAAUGAAAACAGGAGAGGAGCCAAAGGAAACACAACUGGCCACGGAAGAAGAAGAAGAGCAAGAUCAAGAAGCGAAGGAGGAUUUGGACCAAUGAUCAUGCAUACACUAGUAGUGUAAGUUUCGAAAUGUUAGAUCUAUAGAUAGAAAAAGCAACCCAGAUCACGAUGG